GAAGACGUUCCAAUUCUCCCUUCUGGAGGGACGUGGAAUCCCCUCAAAGGUCUAAGCUAGCUUUCAGUUUUGCUUCCAUGGAGUUGGAAGACUUUCUAGGGGCCCUCUGUCUGUUUUUGUGUUUCUCUGUUUUGUUCUGUGGACUUACUGGAUGGACGUUAUGGGACAGACUCAGACUACCCCUCUACCCACUCUCUUGGCUUAAGCCCUUCCUAGCCCCGCUCCCUCCGGAGCCAAAACCCAUUCUUGCUUUGCAGGGGACAAAGAAGAAGAAAAGUCUUAUUCAGCCUUCAGCACCCCUCUACCCUGUCUUACAGGGGGGUACUGAAGAAGAAUUAAUUUUUCCUCCCCCGUAUAACCCCUCUAGGAUGCCGGAAGAACACCAUCCUCCCCCUCCGGGGGAGGCAGACGCUGUUCCAAGAGCGGGAGGUGGAAACGCUCCAGUGGGAAGCCUGCCCUUUACCAGACAAAGGGCUCAGAGGGAGCAAUCCGCCUCCGCCGCCUACUCCACGAUUCUGCCCCUGCGAGCCACCGGACCCCCAGACGCGGAGGGGAAUCAGCCCCAUCACUAUCGGCCUUUCGCCACUAGUGACCUCUACACUUGGAAAGCUCAGAAUCCUAAGGUUUCCGAGAAACCGGCAGGGCUUAUUGAUUUAUUAGACUCUGUUCUUUUUACCCAUCAGCCCACGUGGGACGAUUGCCAGCAGCUUUUGCAGGUCCUGUUCACGACUGAAGAAAGAGAAAGAACCCUCAAUGGGGCCCGAUAACUAGUUCCGGGCGCAGACGGGAAUCCCACCACCAAUCAGGCUCAGAUAGAUGCCUCCUUCCCCUUAACUCGGCCCCAGUGGGAUUUCAACAUGGCAGAAGGUAAGGAGAGGCUCCGGGUCUACCGCCAGACUCUAAUGGCAGGUCU